AUGGAAUAUAGAGAGGCUAGUCUGGGCGCUACAUCCUCUGAUGGCUAUGCUACUGCGCAAGAGUCUGAACGCUCACCAUCAGUCGGCACUGAGCCCGGUGCGAGUCAAGGAACCCUUCCUCAGCUGGAUGAUGCGACAGCUGUCAAGCUCUCUACUCUUUUGCUAGACUCGGUGCAGCCAGCGAGCGAUACCCCAAAGAUCCGAGUGUAUAUCCAGCCAGACUGUACGAAGCACAAAUACGUCAGAACACCAGACUCGGCUACAAUUGUCGAGCGUCCAGAGCGAUUGAAGGCUUGUCAUGCGGGCGUUGCAGGCGCUUGGGCUUUCUCUCGUGGAGAUCCCAGCCGUCCCGUCGAGCCUGUCCCGACACCAACCAAUCCUCACAGCGUAUCCAUUGGAGCUGCGCGUGAAGAUGCUGACGCCUCACUGGACGCCUUGAUGAAUCGCCUCUCUGUCAAUAAUGCGACGUCGAGCCAAACGUCAGAGCAUAGUCUGAGCUGGACAGAGACCCUUCUGCUUGACACAGAUCCCUUCGAGGUUAUCUUGUCCAGCGCUUCUCUGCCCCUUACUGAUACGAGCGUGCAACACAUCCACGGUGGAUUGGAAGCGAACGAGCAAGCUAGCACGAGCGCUUAUCCCAGCGAUCUGAUCAAGUGGAUAGAGGCCUGCCGCGCUAUCACACCCGGAGAGAGCGAGAUUCCUGCACAUCUAUCUCAGGGCGAUCUCUACCUGUGUCCCGGCAGUCUAGACGCAAUACAGGGAGCCCUCGGCGCUACAUGUCAAGCAAUAGAUCAUGCCCUUGCUUCUGCUCAACCCGAAUCUGCUCUCGUGCUCGUCAGACCGCCGGGCCAUCACUGUGGUCAAUCGUCACCCUCUGGCUUCUGCUUUGUCAAUACUGUCUUGAUCGGUGCAGCGCAUGCUUUCCACAGACACAACAUCAAUAGAGUCAUCCUACUCGAUCAAGAUCUGCAUCACGGCAAUGGAUCUCAGGACAUCGCCUUCAGGCUCAAUGCCGAAGCCAACGCGUUACUGUCUGACUCGCGCAAAACCACGCCGACGACUUCUCCUUUACGCUCGAAACCGGCGAAGCAUGAUCCUUUGCGAGUGUUCUAUGGUAGUUUACACGAUGUCAUGUCCUACCCCUGUGAAGAUGGCGAUCCAGACCGAGUGCAAGCAGCUUCUGUGACACUCGCCGGUCCUCAUGGCCAGUGGAUCUCGAAUGCGCAUCUGGACGAGUAUAGCUCAGAGACUGACUUUCACGAGCGACUGUACCCUUGCUAUCGGUCUGCAUUGAUCGGCGCAGCGGAGCGCUUCAUCGAGCAGACGGAUGCUGAGCCGUCCCGAACGCUCGUGCUUGUCUCUGCAGGAUUUGAUGCGAGCCAGCACGAGUACUCGAGCAUGCAACGCCAUAAUAGGCGCGUGCCUACAUCGUUCUUCAGUCGUUUUGCUGUCGAUGCCGCUAGUUUCGCUAAGCGUUUCGCUGCCGGUAAAUUAGUCUCUGUCCUCGAAGGCGGCUACUCGGAUACCGCAUUAUGUAGCGGCGUCGCUGCUUACCUUACUGGCCUCGUCAGUCAUACGCGCGAUGAUCAGCAGGCGGUCAUGCAUACAGAGACGCCAUGGGAUCCGAAAACGCUCGCAAAGCUAGAGAAGACGUGCUUUGUCGGCUACAAGCAAGCAGGCAGGCGCGCGACGCUUCAACCCCAUCAGAGCAAAGAUCAGGCGGCCGCUCCCGAGCAUGACUGGCUCAAGCAAGCUGCAGAGGCUUUCGCCGUCAUACAAGGCCGAGAUCUAUCGACAGCUUAUGCCACAUCAGCAGCGGCGGCGCCGAGCAGCAUGUCAUUGCGAGAGCGCAAGCCAAAAGCUUACGGAGAUGCUGCCACGCCGCCUGCCAGUCCGCGCAAAGCACAAAGAGCAGUCAGCGCGCGUGCGACGCCAGUGUUUGGCUCUAGGAAGCUUGACCAGCCGCAAUUCAGUCUUGCAGAGCUCGAAAAGCGGCGGCAGCCGAAACCAUUGAUCUUCACUUCGCCUGCUCCUUGGCAGCCCACUCCACCUGUAGACCAGCCGGAGCAAGCUAUCAACCGGGGGCCCGAGGAUCCUACCGCGCCUGCCCUGCACACGGCUACAAAUCAGCCACCGCCUCAUGUAAAGUUCAUCUGGCGCGGCGGCGACGCGCCGUGA